UGGAAGCGCAUCUCGUGCAAACAGCAGCUUAUUUCAGACGCGAGCGCAGCGGGAACAGCACCAAGUUCACUCAGAAGAAAAACAGCCUAGGCUACACAUCUUAUUGUGGAUUUUUUAUCAAACUGUUUCUGACUACAUAUAGGCCUAUCUUUAAAGUUUCCUCUGAAUCAAGUGUGGGACAGUUUACCUCGUAACAGAGAUAAGAUGGCGUUAAAACUAUUGGACCCAAACUCCACUGCAUCACCAACAUUCUUCUCCACUGUGGAAAAUAUCCACAAUGUGUCUGAGAACUCCACCUCCUCUCGUCUAUAUCGUUACUCAAACGUCACCUAUGUGGACUUUUACCUGCAUGAGCCCUUGGUGUCUGCUAUCUUUAUAGUGUCCUACUUCCUCAUCUUUAUAGUAUGCAUGGUGGGAAAUGGAGUGGUGUGCUUCAUUGUGCUAAGGAGCAAGAACAUGCGUACAGUCACCAAUCUUUUCAUUCUUAACCUGGCCAUUAGUGACCUGUUGGUUGGCAUCUUCUGCAUGCCCACAACAUUGGUGGACAACAUCAUCACAGGCUGGCCUUUCGGCAGUUUAGUGUGUAAGCUGAGCGGGAUGGUACAAGGAAUAUCGGUUUCCGCCUCUGUCUUCACACUGGUGGCCAUCGCUGUGGACAGAUUCUGCUGCAUUGUAUACCCUUUCAAACAGAAAGUCACUAUCUCCACCUCCACCCUCAUCAUUGUCAUCAUCUGGGUUCUGGCAAUCUCCAUAAUGUGCCCAUCGGGUGUCAUGCUACAGGUCACCAAAGAACACCGUGUCGCCAUCUUGCUAAGCGACGGCAACACCACACAACCCUUCUACUGGUGCCGUGAAAACUGGCCUAACCAAGAAAUGCGCAAGAUUUACACCACAGUGCUCUUCACUAACAUUUACCUGGCACCUCUUACUCUCAUUGUCAUCAUGUAUGCCCGGAUUGGUAUCAUGUUGUUCAAGACAUCAAUGCCCACCUCUGUGAGCCAAAUCCGGACUACAGGCUCUGGCUCAGGAAAGCAAGGCAGAUAUGAAAGCCGUCAGAUGGUGUCACGAAAAAAGAAGAGGGUUAUUAAAAUGUUGCUUAUUGUUGCCUUACUCUUCAUCCUCUCAUGGUUGCCAUUAUGGACACUCAUGAUGCUAAGCGACUACGCUAGUUUAAGUGAACGGCAACAUCGGAUUAUUAAUAUUUAUUUUUACCCUCUGGCUCACUGGUUGGCAUUCUGUAACAGCAGUGUCAAUCCCAUAGUGUACGGGUUUUUCAAUGAAAACUUUCGCAAAGGUUUCAAGGCAGCCUUUAAACUUCAACUCUGUGCAACACAUUCGGGGAAAAGGAGGACCUAUUCACAUCGACUGCAGGGGAAUGCUGUAUUACCUGCCAACUUUCCCCUGAACAAGGAACCUGUGGUGGAGGCUGGAGGUGCCCGAGCAGGACAGGGUCUCAUUCAAGGGCUGGUGUUGGUAGGGAAUGGGAGAAGUGUAGGUGAAAACAGCCAGUCUUCAGGCAAGGUGAACAUGAUGGAACAGGACCUGAUCAUGGAAGAUCUGGAGAAGAUGAGGAAACGUUCGCACUUCAGUCGGAACUGGAGGCUGUGGAGAAGCAGAUCCAGGAUUUACUUGAGAAGCAGACAUGGCUGCGAGAACGUAAAACAGUGCUGGAAACAUCCCGAGCUGAUGCGUGCAAAUCCGCGAGCCCAGGCUUCGAGAACACGAUCAGCCCAAAUGAACUUCACUCCUGCACCGGCACACCCAUGGCGAAAGGCGCGAGCCAGGACCGGAGCGAUGACCCAACUGCCGCCACCGGUCUUCCAGAUCCCUACCAGGAACCGUUUUGCCGCCCUCUGCGAGACAGAAUGCAACGCUGUGGUCAUCGAAGACUCAAUCGUCCAGAACGUAUGCGCUUCCUCCACUAAAGGUAAGGCGCGCACUCAUUGUUUUCCUGGCAUCCGUGUUCUUGAUGUCUCUGCACAGGUACCUGCGAUCCUGAAGGACAACGCUAACGUCGGAGCUGUCGUGCUGCACGCGGGGGUGAACGACGUCAGUACGCGGCAGUCGGAGAUCCUGAGAAGGACUUCAGGAGUCUGAUCGAGAUGGUACGCAAUGCAUCGCCCACAGCAAGGAUCAUCGUAUCAGGGCCGCUUCCUACCUACCGACGAGGGAAUGAAAAGUUCAGUAGACUAUUUUUUCUAAAUAAAUGGUUGAUGUCAUGGUGUACUGAACAGGAGCUGCUCUUUGUUAAUAAUUUUGAUCUGUUCUGGGAACGACCUAGGCUCUUCUGCCCUGACAGCCUGCACCCCAGCAGCAUCGGAGCGGAUCUUCUGUCUGACAACAUCUCAAAGAUGCUACGCACCGUUUGACUAUUUCUCCCACCGGUAAGUCAAAACUUUAACCAUAGUCUGUGUUCCUUCCACUCAACUGUUAUAAAUGUUACUGGUUCCAAAUACAUAGAGACCGUAUCUG